GUCCAAACAACGGCCCCCUUUGUCAGAAAAAGGACGACAAAGAAGAAACUGGACCAAUAGCAACGCGGCAAAUUGUCUUUUGAAUGAAACACGGUUGUUGACAACUUCACCGAAGGGAGCAGUGUCCUACUUGCUGAUACCAGCCGUUUUACAUCACUCCAGCGAUGUCGAGUCGAAGUGUGGAAGGCUCGCCUUCCAGGAGAUGUGGGCAGCGCCCUCCCUUGAGAAGUGUGGAGAAUGAAAAGCAGCGUCUGUCUGCGCCACUCAGACUGAAGUCUAAAUCACUGAUGAACAAAGAAAAGGAGGAUGUUUGUUUUGGCUGGUGUUCUCCUCCACCAGCAGAUGUGACACAAACCAUCGAAAUGGCUGCUUGUGGACACACCAAUGUCACAUUUAAAUCCUUCAUCUGCUCCAGUGGCGAAGUGGAGAUUUCAGAAGAGCCUUCACUGUGCACAGAAGACCAAAUUUUUUUGCCUCAGGGUCAAACUGCGGGCGACACUUUUGAAAUAGAGGACACUGUCACCAGUGAGACCUGCAGCGUACACAUGGAACAUCCCUACUGCCACCCUGAGCGAACGGACGCUUCUCUUGUUGAUGUCGUUCCAGCCAGCACUGGUGCCAUGGAUGUCACUUGGAAGUCGUCUGUCUGUGACAGCAGUGAGGUGGAAGUUUGGGACGGCUCCAGGCGACCGGAUGAAGCCAUUCCUCCUGUACUGGACGGCAAAUGUGAGGAUCAUCUCUACCGCUGUCAGUUUGAGGGCGCUCCUUGUGCGGUCUGCAAUGUAACAUUCAAGUCAGUCACCUGCAGUGGCGGUGAGGUGGAAAUCCCCAACGUCAUUAAAAAAGUAGACGAGACGGUUUCUCUUCCAGCAGAGCAAAGAACAACCGGUCAUUCGGAGCUGAGCUUUUUAGCUUCUGAUGUGCAGCUCUGCAGCGAUCACUUUGACCAUCCGUACUGCCAUUUUGCGAGCAAUGUGGACAGUUUUGGACAAGACCGUGUCUUGAGUGCUGUUGUCGCUAUUCCAGAGGAACAAGCUGCGGACUCUCAUUUCCUCCGUAACAACAAAUCUCUCACACCGGAUCCCAUUCAAAGGAGCAUAAAUGACGAUGUAAGUACUUUUACACCAGCAUUGGACAUAAUUUGGACUAACGGCUCGGUUAAUUUACAAGCCCAAGAGCCCUGUAGUGAUCAUUUAGACCCCCCAAACUAUCAUUGUGACAAUGAUCCCUCUGCAUCAUGCAGCCUGGAUCCUUUUGUCGAGACGAAUAGGGACACUUUUGAACAAGAGGUUGUCUCGAGCGCUUUUGUCGCUAUUCCAGUGGAGCAAGCUUUGACCUCCCAGUUUCUCACUGACAACGAAUCGCUCAAAAUGGAUCCAAUUCAAAAGAACCAAAAUGCAGAUGUUUCAGGGACUCCUAAAACACCAUCGGGCAAGACUUUAACUCCUGCGUCAUUUUUUUUGAAAGUCCAUGAGACAGCUAAGAUGCACAGUGAUGACAAAACGCUCCCUGAGGUGCGGCCGCAUCUGGAAGUCAGCCAUUCCAGUGAGGCGAAGGACAGCGCCCUUGGUUUGUCGGAAAAUGGGCCAGAUGUGCAAACGCGGGUGGACAAACCUCUCGCGGAGACCAUGCCCAAGGUUUUAAAAGCGCUCUCAGAGUGCCCCUCGGUAGUGACGGCUCUGCAGCUCAUCAGUCCGGUUCGAAGGGCGUCACUUUCCCUCAUGAGGGCUCUCAGGGAUCCCGCCGACGUCUGCGAGAAGAACCUGUUUUCACCCGACAGUAAAGAGCUGGCCACUCUGUGGGCAGACAACUUGGAGAGCCCUAUGCCUCAUCCCCUCUUAAACUCCACGACUGUGUGCAACAACCCCCAGCCAGAGGGUCCGCGGCCAGAGGAUCUGGGUAAGAAGAUCCAGGGGUCAUGGGCUCCCGGAGGACCUUUGAGUACGGACGGUCCGCUCCAGCAGCAGCUCCGACAAAUGGCAGAGUUUCUCAUCCUGGCGUCGGGAAAGAUGGACUUCGCUGCCCCUCCUGCUGCUCCUGAAAGCGCUCCUCCCGCAGAGUCCUGCAGCGUCUGUGUGGGCGUCACCCCUGUGAAAAGAUUGGAUCGAAGCCUCAAUACGUCCGGAGAGUUUGAGAGGAAGGGCCGUUUCUCCAUAGCAGAUGCCUGCACGCUCACCGAUCCGCUCCUGUGGAACUGUCCCCCGGGCAGCCUGCAGUGCGUGCCCAGAGAGGACCUGGAGCAGAGGCUGAUGUCAAGCAUGAUCAUGGUGGAGGCCUUGGUGCAGCAGCUGGCCGUGUCCCGAGCGCCAGCGCGUGGUCACAUUGUGGGCCCGCCUCCGUCCGAGUUGCGGGACAAACUGGUACAGACGGACCACACUGAGCUCAGACAGACCACAAUGUAUAGGGACUUGUAUAUGGAGGCUUUGAACAGGAUUGGCGACUUGGAGAAAGAUGGAAGGUCUCUGCAGGAACUCGUCCAGUAUAUCCAGGGACUGCGUGUCACCAUGACAUCUUUGACCAGCGACACCGAUGCAGCGCUUUCCGACAUGAAGCAAAUUGAGGUGCUUGUUAGAGAGGAUCAUCAAAGUCUCACUUGGCAUUACGGUGAAAUGAAGUUGUUGUUUAGAAAGUUCAAGGAAAUGCAGAUGCGAAUGAGGCAGAAGGUCAAAGAAACUUUCAGGCAAAGAGACGAGAUGAAGACUCAGAUGGACGACGCCCUGGCAUCCAAGGAAGCUGCCUUCAGUACGUUGGAGCAGCUGAGGACCCGCUGCGCCAGCGAAAUGGCGGCGCUGCAGAGAAGCGUCGGCUCUCAGCGGGAACUCCUUGCUGCCCUUAAUGUCACCUUCCCAGAGCAGGUUGCACUAAACAAGACCAGUACCGAAACCCUGAACUCUGCUUCGGAGCUUGUGUGCCAAACCAUGGAGGAUCAGUCCAAUUUGACUAAAGAAUUGUCCACAGUCAGGAGCCUCGUGCAUAGGACCCCUGCCUUGCUGGUGAAGCUGAAAGAGAAGACGGCAGCCGCUCUGAGAGAAAGAGACGAGCACACGGCAGCGCGAGACCGAGCUCUGGAGGAGAGAGAGCAGCUGGAAGACAAUCUAAGGCAAGCCACGCUGAGUCUCCAAUCUGCCGAAGAGCAGACUGGUGAUUUAAAUCUGCAGGUUACAAUUUUGAACUCAGAGAUGGGCGUGCUGCGUCAGAAGCUAAUAGAGCGUGAGGGGGAACGAGCCCAGCUCGAGAGGACCGUGACGGAAAUGUCAGCCACCGUGUCCUCCACGACGGCCGCCCACACCUUCCUGGAGCACACACUGGCCGAGGAGACGUCCAAGUUGCAGCAGGCACAGAGAGACGCAAGCCAGGCGAAGGAAAUGGCAGAACAGUUGUCGUCAUCACUCCGCAAGGCGGAGGAGCGGGCCGACGAACUCGGUCGUAAUCUGGCCGAGAGAGAGGAGGACCUCUGCCGCCUGCAGGCGCUCUCGCAGUCGCAGAGCUCACAGAUCAAACAGCUGAGCGUCGUUUGUGCGAAACUCAACGACGCUGUGGAGAUGAACGAGUUCCUGCACGCAGAGAACGAAGUGGCCCGGGAGCAGCUUGUUGAAAGCGAAAACAUGCUCAGGGUUCUCCAUGAGAGGAACAUCCAGUGUGAAGACCUGAAAGCAGAACUCUGCCAACUACAGCGAGAGAAGAGGAGUGCGCAAGAGGAGCUGGAGGUCGCACGGGCUAGAGCCGGCACAGCUCGGCUAAAGCAAGCUGAGGAGCUUGCUCGGGCCGUCACGGAAAUCACCUUGGUGCACCACACGCUGCGAGGGGUGACCAACGAGCUGCACGACGCGCUCGGUGGCGAGAAGCCAGAACCAAAGAAGUCGGAACCUGCUCUCAAAGUGGAGCGGCCACACCUGCCCAGCUCUUUUGUAGGGAGCGUCAUGGUUGCGUUAACUGCUGGGAAGAAUGAGGAGGAGGAGGAGGAAACCAUCACACCAGAAGUGGGCGUGGACUCGCCGAGAGAAACCAUCUUCAGCAAGAACAGUGCCUUCACCCGCUUGCCGGUUACCCCGAAAAAGGACCUCGUGGUGGAGGAAUUUGAUGCAAAGGAAGAGGAGGAGGAGGAGGAGGAGGAGGAGGAGGAGCAGCGCGGAGUGCUGGAGCAGCUGGCCCACCUGAGCAAGACGGUCACAGAGCUCGUCGGCACCCUCAAGUCUGUGCAGCGACACAAGGACGCUCGGGAGGAGGAACUGCAACACACCGCCGCUCACCUGGAGAUGGCGCUGCAGACUGCAAACGACAAGCACAAGGCGGAAGUGGCAGAGCUAAAGUUUGAGCUGAGCCGGAUGCGGGGCCAGGCCGCGCGCCGUAACCAGGCGCUGCAGCAGCAAGCUCAGGAUGAGAAGAUGAUCACAAAGCUGAUGACUGAAGUCACCGAGUCCCAGGAGUUGAUGAUCAAAUACAGGACUGAAAAAAAAGAGUUCCGUAAGGAGACGACAGAGCUGCAUCACUCUCUCCAACAGACUCAAACGGAAGUUCAAAUCCUGCGUGCCGAGCUGAAGAAAGCUGGCGGAUAUACAGCCGGCAAGGUUGAUGUCAUGGAAGAGAAGCUUCUCUUAUUGAAAGAGGUGGAGCGACUGAAGAAGAGCCUUCAGGAGAUGGCGCAGACCAGAGGGAAACUGAUUGAACGGGCAAAGCGUCAUCAACUGAUCCAUCAAAUGAACCAGCAGAAGUGCGAGAACGAGGUGCACAUGUUGAGCAACAUGAUCAAGAAAGUCCGGGAGACGUUGCUGUCAUUGCCCGAGGGGUUGAAGAAGUGUGAGCAGCUACAGCAGCUUUUGAAAUAUUUAGGCUGAUAAGUUUUGUUUUUUAUAUUCAUGCAUUAUGUGUGCUGCCUUUUCAGUGUUCUAUUGUAAGUAUUAAAUCCUUUUUUAAUCUCU